AGUUGUGGCGGAUGGAGAAGAACGGGAGGGAGGAUCCAGCAACCGGGUCAUGGAGAAGGUGUUGUGUUCCGGACAUGAGCAUCUCUGCGUUUUGAAAACUGGCGUUCGGCAUGGCCCAAAUAAAGGCAAAAGUUUUUAUAUAUGUGGAGUCCAAGAUCAGGAGUCAUGCGGAUUUGUGCUUGCCACAGAGCUCUCCCCUUCUCACUGCUUGGUACAUGAAAAGGAUGUAGUGGAUUUGCAAGUUUUGAUGAAGCUACAGGAGACAGAUACAUACAGUUUGUUGUAUCGAUGCAGUAAAGCUAAACUGGAAGGGAAAAAAUGGUGUGGAAGUGUCCCGUGGCAGGAUUCAAAAGCCACUACACUGCCAGUUAAGCCACAAUUUCAGCACAUGCUUGAAGAGGCCCAUGAUCAUAGAGGUCGGAGAAAUCCAUUCAAAAUACCAAACAAGAAUAAUGAAUCAUCAGCAUUCAAGCAAACAAAUGACAAUGGGAAUAACAACCCUAUAAAUAAAGAAAAGAAGAAAAAAGAAACUCCUGAUUCUAAUGAAAAGGAUUGGAAAUUAUCAUCUGAGGCUAUUAGAAAAGAUCUUCCAGCCACAGUGAAUACCAAGAACAAACAGUUAGGAAAGAAAUGUGAAAGUUUACACAGGGAAGGAAAAGAAACCCAAACCAAAUCAACUGAAAAGGAAAAAGCGCUAUGCUUCGAUGAAUGCAAAUUCAAUGCAGACAAAAUGUGUGAGACAUCCCUUGGAUACACCGGACAAGAUUUGACUCUGAGAUCUAAAGAAAGUGGAUUGCAGACAGAAGAAAGAUCAAAGCAAACAUUGCCAAGCUCCCAUAGUCAAGCAUCAAGCGUAAAGCACAUCGAUAACGAGCAGCUGAGAAAAGGCAGUUCAGAAAGCCGGAGGGAUAAGAGUGAAAUGUUGAAGACAACUGGCAGGUGGGGAAAUGAAGGGAAGGCACGGACUCCUGGAGACCCUGUGACGGUUCAGAAACCCACAGGCUUGCUGGAAGCACAUCCUAAAGGAAAUCAAGAGAAAUCACCAACACUGGUGCAGGAGAGACUAGCCCCGAAAGAGAACAACUGCAGCAAUAAAAAUAUUAGCAAGGAUGAGCAGGACAUACCUGUGCCCUUCAAAACACUUUCUCGCCAAGGACUAGAAUUCCAUCAAGAAAAGGGCUGCAGUGGGAAGAAUCUAUCUUCCAUAUUGCCAGAAAUGAAUGUGUUGCAUAUGAGAGGGGAGGUGGAUCUCAAAGUUCUUCACAACCAACUUUCUGCUGAGCUGAGGCAGAAAAAGAAAACUUUGAAACUGGUGCAUGUACAGGCUCUCCCAGAUAAAGGUGAGCGAUUAAUAAAGCAAGUGGAAGAGCUGGAAUCUGCAAUGAGGUCUCUUAACCUGGAGAUAGAAGAAAGCUUAAAGGAAGGAUCUCUGAGCCAUACUGAGUGUGCAGAGGUUCAGCGCAAUCCAUUCAACAGGACCACUGCAGAGCAAUCAGCUGCUGUGAUGGGGAAAAAGCUUCAGCCAUGUCAGGAAGAUAGUGCAGCCAGCUCCUUGGAACUCCAUCCACCUUUGGCAUUGAAUCAGUAUGGCAGCAAGAAAUCCGCAGGGAGAAUGACUGAAGAUCCUCUUCAAGCUGUGUACAAUGCCACAAGUGAUGCAAUUAAUCAGCUGCACAAAUCCCUAGAGACAUGCCCCACAAUGGAGACGGUGUCUGAAGAUCCACCUGGUUUGAAGGUCUCUCUACUGCUGCAUCAGAAGCAGGCACUUGCUUGGCUGCUGUGGCGAGAGAAUCAGAAACCGUGUGGAGGAAUUUUGGCGGAUGAUAUGGGCUUAGGGAAGACUUUAUCAAUGAUUGCACUUAUCUUGGCUCAGAAAUCUGUACAAAGGAAGGAAGGAAAGGAGAAGAAACUGGAAAUGUGGCUGUCGAAACAAGAUUUCUCUGUUAUCAUCUCCCACGGCACUCUGAUUGUCUGCCCUGCAUCUCUGGUCCACCACUGGAAAAAGGAAGUGGAAAGACACGUCAAAAGUGGGAAGCUGAAGGUCUGUCUCUACCAUGGAUCCAACCGAGUUAAGAAUACCACUGCGCUUGCUGAAUACGAUAUAGUUGUCACUACGUACAGUAUUCUGGCUAAGGAAAUUCCUACACAUAAGGAAGAAGCAGAGACUGCUGCUGAAGACCUCCACGUGGAGGAUAAAUCCCUUCCUUUCUCUCCAUUGCCCUGGAUACACUGGGCUCGAAUUAUACUGGAUGAAGCCCAUAACAUCAAAAACCCCAAAGUGCAGACCUCAAUAGCUGCCUGUAAGCUGAAAGCUACUGCCAGAUGGGCUGUCACUGGGACACCUAUUCAGAACAACCUGUUGGAUAUGUACUCUUUGCUACGAUUCCUUCGCUGUUCUCCAUUUGAUGAAUUCAGAGUAUGGAAGAAUCAGGUGGAUAAUAACACAAGAAAAGGAGGAGAGAGACUGGCCAUUUUAACUAGGAGCCUCUUACUGCGAAGAACGAAGGACCAGCUGGAUUCAUUGGGCAAGCCAUUGGUACCACUGCCUCAGCGUCUCACUCGACUGCACAGGUUGAAACUUGCAGAAGAUGAACAGUCAGUGUAUGAUGUACUCUUUGCAAGAUCGAGGUCAACCCUGCAGUCCUAUCUGAGAAGGCAGGAGGCUCGGUAUACUGGGACAGCCUGGGAUAACCCUUUUGACAAAGGUGUUGGUCAACAGGAAGCCUUGGGAAAGACUGGCAGAGAUCCUCCUCCCAUCUCCACCACUAUUCACAUCUUGUCCCUCUUACUGAGGCUCCGUCAGUGUUGCUGCCAUCUUUCUUUGCUGAAAGUGGCUUUGGACAAGGCUAACCUGAAUAGUGAAGGCAUCUCUCUCUCCCUGGAGGAGCAGCUCAAUGCUUUGACUUUAUCUGAAUCUGAGAGUGGUGACCCUCACUCAAUGGUGUAUCUCCUGGGUGCAGCUUUCAAAGCAGAACUCUUUGAAACCACUAAGCAGAGCACCAAGCUGUCACAUCUCUUGAAAGAGCUGAAGGCCAUCCAGGGUCAUUCCCAGAAAAGUGUCGUCGUCUCUCAAUGGACUAGUAUGUUAAAGGUGGUGGCUGCGCACCUAGAGAAGCUUGGUCUGAGAUAUGCCACAGUGGAUGGAUCUGUGAAUCCUAAACAGAGGAUGGAUGCUGUUGAGGAAUUUAACAAUAACUCUAAAGGACCCGAGGUUAUGCUGAUCUCACUCUUGGCCGGAGGUGUUGGCUUGAACCUGGUAGGAGGGAACCAUCUCUUCCUCCUUGACAUGCAUUGGAAUCCAGCACUGGAGGACCAAGCCUGUGACCGCAUUUAUCGGGUGGGGCAGCGAAACGAUGUCACGAUCCACAGGUUUGUCUGUGAAGGGACGGUAGAAGAGAAGAUCUCAGAGCUGCAAGCUAAGAAGAAAGAGCUGGCCCAGAAAGUGCUAUCAGGAAAAAGUGACUGCUUGACAAAACUGACCCUGGCAGACCUCAAACUUCUUUUUGGCUUUUAACCGGUGCUCCAAACCAUCAACCUUCCAUUUAUGCAAAAACCAUGUGGUUGUCAUGUACAACAAACUUGUUAUUAUGUGUUAUUAAAUAAAGUGUG